GGGAGGGCCCGGGCCUCACCUGGCGGCGGCAUGGCUGCGCCGGGCCGGGGCGGCGCCGGGGGCAGAGUCCAGCGCGGGGAAGCGGCGGCCGGAGCCCGCUGCAGGCGCGGAAGAUGCCCCUGGGGCUGGGGACUAGGAAGAAGGGCAGGUCCAAGGAGACCUCCAAGCUGGUGGACAGCGAGGCGGCGGCCCCACCGCCCGCGGCGGAGGCUCGGGCCCCGGUGGCGAGCGCCUCGCGGCUGCAGUUCCACACGCAGCUGGCGCACGGCAGCCCCACGGGCCGCGUGGAGGGGUUCAGCAGCGCCCGCGAGCUGUACGCCAAGAUCGCCGAGGUGUUCGGCAUCGCCCCCACCGAGAUUAUGUUUUGUACUUUGAACACUCAUAAGGUUGAUAUGGACAAGCUGUUAGGUGCACAGAUUGGCCUUGAAGAUUUUAUAUUUGCCCAUGUAAAAGGACAACGAAAAGAAGUGGAAGUUCUUAAAUCUGAUGAUUUGCUUGGGCUUACCGUUACAGACAAUGGAGCUGGCUGUCCCUUUAUAAAGCGAAUCAGAGAAGGGAGCCUUAUGGACCAAACCAAAAUGAUCUGCGUGGGUGAUCACAUAGAGUCUAUAAAUGGAAGAGAUGUGUCAGAUCUUCGGCAUUAUGAAGUUGCCAAAAUGCUAAAAGAUCUAGAGAAAGGUCGGGUGUUUAAGCUGAAGCUGAUAGAGCCUAUGAAGUCAUUUGAAAAGGUGGCAGCAAGGCCCAAAACUGGGACUCUGACAGAGGCUAAAAUCUCCAGAGGGAGAGAAACACUUCGACUGAGAAAUAAAGGCCCUGCCACUGUGGAGGAAAUGCUGUCUGAAGUUGAAGAAAAAGCAGUAAAAAAAGUGGAUGAGCUUCUUGAAACAUAUAUGGGGAUAAGAGAUAUUGAAUUAGCUGCAACAAUGGUGGAAGCAGGAAGAGACAAGAAAAACCCAGACGAAUUUGCAGUGGCAUUGGAUGAAACGCUUGGAGACUUUGCAUUUCCAGAUGAGUUUGUCUUUGAUGUGUGGGGAGCAAUAGGGGAUGCUAAGCAAGGACGACUGGAAUGAGAAUUGUGAAGAUUAUAGCUCUCUAUUCAAAAAUAUAAAAUGACUUUGAAAGACAUAUGUCAGAAUACCGAUAUUUUAUUGAUGUAAUUCUAGGGUGCUCUGUAUAAAUAUUCUUAUCAGAAACUUUAUUUUACAAAGAGAAGUUUCUAACAGAAAUAAAGAUAAACCCAAAGGUCUAACAACUGCACAUUUAAAAUGAACAUUUAAUUUACAUAUAGAAAUCACUGAGAGGAGAAUAGUCAAGUAGAUAUAUUUAUACAUGCAUUUUAUGUACUUUGGCAUCUGGUUUGAAGAGUGAUAGAUAUAUGCAACAACAUUUUUUGGAUUAUCUCUUUUUUUUUCCUAAGAAAGAUUUAUUAACAUUAUAUAUAAAAAAAAUAAUCAUCAACACACUGCAGCUCUUUGAUCUGCUGGUUCUUAAGCAUUCAGGCAGGCCGAGAGCCGUACUUUUUGGCCUGGCUGUAGACUUUUCAGUAGACAAAGCUGAGAAGAAGCCACCCUGCCUCUGGAGAACCUGAAUUCAGGAAAAAGUAAAUUCCUCUGGAAAAAAAAAAAAAAAAAAACUAUGACCUUAAAAUGAAAAUGACUUGCUUUCAUUUUUGGUCAUAACAACACUGCCUCAGUAUUUCUGAAAUGAUUUAGUAGAAAUACCUAGAGCAGGAAUCUGCUGCUUUAUUCAGAUGCCAUAUUAUCACAAUAGCUACUGCAUAAUGAGAAACAAAUUCUAAUUUUGAUUACCAUUGAGAUAUUUGAAUGAUAUCUGUGGUCUGGCGCUGGAGACUGUAGUACACGACUAAGUGCUUCACCGAUCUUUGCAUAUAAUAAAUACCUUGCUAAAAUCCUGUGAAGUUCCCCCGUAUCUUAUCUGUUGUUGUUGUUUAUUUUUUUCUCAGAAUGGCAGUGUAGAAAUAUUUUAGAAGGUGCCCAAAAUCAGUAGGCAUAACUGUAUGGUCACAACUGCAGUUUGGUUGAAAAUGAAUGUCUAAAACAUAAAAUUAUCUUAGAUUUUAGGAUUUCAAAUUAUACUGUACAUAAACAUCUAUUUUUAAUUGAUAAUGCUUUACUAAUAAAUCUCAGACUUAAAAAUUAACUCUUACCACAUCUGCUAUGUCUGCAUUUAUCCUCCUGUUCACUCUAUACUUAAUGAAGAAUAGAGUUUUGUUUUUACUUAUAACUGUAUUCUUUUUCAGUUAUUGCUGUGUUAGAUUUUAAACAAGACAGAUAUUUGCCUGUUUACUUAGAAAACGUAAUUUUCAAGUGAUAAUUAUAGUGAUCUUGAUUUUUUUGAAAAAAUAUAUGCAAUUUACAUUUUAACCAAAUAACACAUAAUGAGUAUCCUUGAAAAUGAAAUUGAACAAAAAUAUGGGGUCUGACUGUGAGGUAUUGUAAACACUGUUUGAGGGGAUUGUUGUCAUUUUUAUAAAGGCUAUUGUGAUUGUUUUGCUCCUCUAUCUCUAAUUUAAGGAUAAGCUUUUGUAUAAUAUAGAUAUUCAUUUUUAUGAAAUGAUUAAUACAGAGACGUAUGGAGAUCAGUCAUUUCAUUGUAUUUAAGAAAGUUCAUACGUGUCAAAAUUGCAUUGUACAAGUGCCUUGUAUAACCAGUGUUACCAGGGAUGAAAUAUGUAUGUAUCUUCAAAUAGGUGUGGUAAUUAUAAAUUUCAUAUAUAUAGUAAUACAUACACAUUUACAAAAAUUUAGGCUAUUCUCAAGUUAUGAGAAGUAAAAAUAAAUAGUUUUACUUGAAAAAUUUAUUAUUAAAAGGAAAAUAAAGAAACGUUAUGAACAGAUGAUUAAUUUUCUUUACAUUCCAUUGCUGAAAUGGGACCACAAGGGAAUAUUAUUUUUAGAAAUGCAAUUUUAGGGAGAAGAGUACAGGUUGAAUAGCUUUUGUCUGUAUUUAAUAACAGUGAGUCCGAUCUCACAAUCUGCUGCAGUUGAGCACUCUCUGCCUUGCACAGGAUUCCUCCAGCUAAGGUACUUUUGGUAAUGAAAGGUUACAGUAUUGUGGACUGUAUCAUUCUUUAAACUUCUUUUAGGUGAACAGGAAAAUUGAAUUGUCAAGAAUUAAGUGCUAAAAGUUGGUGUUGCUUCCGUGUGAACCUUACAUUCUUUUACAUAUAUUUCAAAUUUUAUGAAAAUGUUUGAAAACAUUUAUAUACAUUAAUAAUCAUAGUCAAUAUGCUGUUGAUUAUAAAAAUUAAAUGUUUCCUUCUUAAACAGCAAUACACUAUACAGUUGCAUUACAAAAGUUGUAUUACAAAAUAAUACAUAACCUGUUAUAUGUAGCAGAUAACUCAUCAUGUGUUUUGGCUAUUCAUUUUAUUUUGAAAAAUUAACGCUCAAGAAAUAUGUCCUUAAACCAUAAUUUGUCUUAUUAGAUUGCUUAAAAUAGCAAGAUAACCUCUGAAACACUCAUGCAGUGAUCUCUCACGUCAUUUAUGGAGUUUAUUGGAGAACUGAGAUUUAGAUAGUGAUUGCAAUUUUACUAACGCUUACUAAAGUUACUAACACUUUAUUUAAUAAGUUGAUAUAUCUUAUUUUUUCUGAGUUUUCACUUGCGCAUACACUAUUUCCAGCACAUGUGGCAUAAUGAUACCAGUACCCAGUUUAACAGAUUGCUUGCACUUUCCAGCUAUGCAUGAGUAAGAUGUCACAUGAAAAUCUCAUUACAUUCUAAAGUAUGGUAAAUAACCUUUGCCCUUUGUAAUUAUUUCUGUAGGAAAUUAAUGUUGUUUUACUAAUUAUAUACAGCUUGCAGAUCCAUCUAAAACUUAGCUAAUAACAACAGCAGAGUACUUGUAUGCUUUGUAGGGUGAAAAUAUCGUUUAAUGUAGCUACCAAAAUCUCUCAAAUUAAUCUGAAGUACUGGGUCUAGUCAACAUAAGUACUAAUCAGAGUAGCACUGUAAGCAUCUGGUUCUGAGUAUAUAGAAUCAUCAAAUUAUCUAGGGUGGAAAAAACCUUCAAGAUCAUCAAAUCCAACUGUAAUGCUGCAGGUGGAGCUGGAUAGAUGCUAAAUAGUCCUUUCUUCCUUCAUCUUUUUCUCAGAAUCUGAGGUGGAAUGAGAGAAGAUAGUAAGUCAGCCUUGAAAGCUAUUUGAAAAGUAACUAAUUCUCAUAAUUUGCUGCACAGUCUGCAGGGAGCUGACAGAUAGGUGCAAUUGUUUGUGGCUUUACUUCCAGGCUUACUGCUGUAUUCAAGAUGAUGGAAAGAACACCCAUACUUUUCUCCACAAGCAAAAGGUUUUAGAUGCAGAAAUGGGAUUUAAUGAAAUCAUAAAGUUCUGAGCUCAUAAGCUUAAAAACAUGGCCAGCAAUGAAUAUUUCACACUUUUAAAUGAGCUAAUUUUGAAAAUUACUGAUACAUCUUUUGAGACACCUUUAGUAUGCCAGAUGUUGCUUCAGCUACAAAAUUGAUUUUAUGCAACCCUAUUCAUAGUGCCAUGGGUAUUUAAAUAGUUACUAGUAUAAUCGUGCAUUCAUGAAAAUAUUGUCUGCUAUUCAAAUUUGUAAUUCUACACAAUGUCUGUAUUUCCUUUUUAGUUUUUGUGAUAUCAUGAAACUCUGAAAACUUUGUCCUUCGUAUUUGAAAAUUAAAUAUUGAUCUUUGAGUCAAGAUAAUUUAAAAUAAUUUAUUAAGAAAAAGCUAUCAGGGAAGACGUAAUGCAGAGCGAAAAGCUUUUCAAGCAUUAUAUGCGAAGGACAAAAAAGCAAAUUGCAGAUUUUUUCCUUUUUUUAAAUGUGAGCUUCUGCUUUUUGUGUUGUAUGUUGUUUUUUAUGGGAACAUCUCAUGAGAAUUGUUUGAUGUCAGGGUGUUAAUACACCUUUGAAACCUACUGCAUGUUUGCUGCAAACUUCAAAACGUAACAGCUUAAAUUGGAUUAAAUCAAUCAUUGAUAUUCAA